UAGGAUGAUAUACAAUAUGUAGAAAAUUAUUGAAAAUCAAAAUAACAUAAUAUCUAAGGACUAUUAUCCCAAGAUACAAAUAACGUAUGAAACUUGUUUAAAGGAUAUCAGGUGACGUCACUGCAGCAAAAUUAUCUAAGAGCAGCACCGCAUGGUGCUUUCGAAGAAAUAAAUCGCUGAAGUCACUAUCCUUUCCUAGAUGACUUAAAAGUAAGUUACUUUUGCAAAUGGUGAACACAGCGUAGCCCGUCAAUUUGAAGUGCAACAAUGACGAUACAAAAAAAAACUUACGACAUUCGUGUAGCUGUAAUCUGAGUAUUCUGUACUAUGUUUCCUACCGUACAGACCACUAUUAAGUUGUAAUAUUUUGUGCUUACUGUAUGGACACUAUAUCAUGGUUCACUGCGGUGAGCUAAUAAUCGGUGGAAUUCGGUUAAUGUUUACCGUCCCUGACCAACGAGUGAAUUUGUUUGUCGUUAAACUUGACAUAAUAGAUAUUAUUUAUUUAUGUUUAACACUUCAAUUUUUAAUUGAAACAAAAUAUUUCCGUUAAAUGGAUCCAGACGAAAACACUACUAAAAAAACUACUUGUAAUAAUAAGAAAGGUAAAUCAAAAAAGAAUAAAAUGGCUGCUACUGAUGAAGAAUCCAUUCCGAAUGAGCUCUUGAUUGUGGACGAAAAUAGUUCAGGCUCAAAAAGUGCCAAGGUUCCUAUAAGUAAACCAACGAGCUCCACAGGCGUCACAAACAAUCUUAACAAAAAAAGGAAAAAACGAGAUAGUGGAUCAAGUGAUGAAGAACGUUGGCUUACAGCUAUUGAAUCUGGCAAAUUGGAAGAUGUUGACGAUGAACUAAAAAAAAUUAAGCGAAAAGAUCCAGCUUUAAUGACUGCUAGGCAGAGAGCCAUGUAUGACAGAGGUGUAGAUGGUAAUACUUCUACAACAUUGAUGUCAUUACCAACAGGAUAUAAAGAAAAGGUGAUGACAGCUGAGGCCAUUCAAAAAGCAGCUAUUAAAUCAUUGAAAAGAAAGCAACUGGCUGAUGAAAAACGAGAAAAGGACAAAAAGAAAACAAUGGAAAGGUUAUUAAAAAAACAAGAUUCUAAAGCAGCCAAACAAGCUAAAACAAAAGUAAUACGUUCUAGCAUUCCAACCCUACUUUAUAAACAAAGUUUAAAGUCAACAAUUCUAGCAGUACCUAUUGGUGUAGAUUAUCCCAUAAUUUCUCAGGUUGCACCUGAACUUAAAAAAAUUGUGUUUUGUACUAUGAAUUGUGGAAAUGUGAAAAAGUACUGUUGUUCAAAAACUGGAGCACCAUUGUGUAGUUUUGAAUGCUACAAGAAAAAUAUUUCAAGUAGAGUAAUUUAAACAAAUUUUUAAAUAAUAAU